AUGGCAGCCAUGGAAGCGGCAAACGCAGACUACCGCAAUGGACACCAACAGCAGCUGGGCCCGCUCCCGGCUUCUCCCACCUUGACGAACCCCGAUAUGAUCCUUCCAGACUACGAGAGAAGCGACUCCCCCGACCCGGAUCUCGAUCGUGCUGACAUGAUGUGGAAGAACGCGCACAUGUCUGCGUCGUCCUCCAAUAUGCAUCACAUGUUUGUCGCAACUGGCCUGGCCGGGCCGGGCCCGUAUGGCGCCGCCGGUCCCAUCACGCCCACCACGCCCAUCAUCUAUGGGAACGGUACCAUGCUGUCGGACAUUGGGGAGGUCACCGAGGUCGAGAGCACGAUCGGCGGGCCAACGGCAGCGCGCACCAAGGCCGCCAUACGGAGACCGGCGUCCCCCAAGCGAGGGAGCGGAAGUGAGGCAGCGCUCAGGUCUUCCCCCACCAUGGGCGCGGCAGGCAUGAUGAAAAAAAAGUCUAUGCAGAGUUUGAAGACCAAACGCGAACACCGGUCGAGCAUCGAGAGCAACAGCACCAUCACGACGGACCAUGCGGCUGUCUUUGCCGACUUUGACGACUCGGUGAGCGUCGGCGACAGUGUGUUUCAGGGAGACGACGAAGAGAGCAUGGCUUCGUCGUAUGUGGAGGGAACGGCGGCCGUUGAGCCUGCGAGGCUAGGGGUUGCGAAGGUGGAGAAUAUCGAUCGAUUGUCUACGUACUCGACGUCUUCCCUUAGUCGGCGUGCCGAGGAGAUUCUUGCGAACGCGAAGAGGAGGUUGACGACGAUGGAGGGCAACUUAACUCGGGCGCGCAGUUCGUUGCACUACACUUCAUCGCAUGAAUCCGACGGAUCAACACCUUCUCCGCCCUUCCAGCGAGCUUCCACGGCCAUGUAUUCGCGUGAUGGAGACCCCUCCUCCCCUUCCCCGGACGCUGUCCACACGCGAAUGUCUAGCGAGAUUGCCAUGCGGAAUGGGCUGCCAUAUCGAGUGUCCAUGCCAAGGUCGCAGAGCGCACUUGGAGCUGCUGGCGGUUACAGACAGCCAUUGACGGCCUCAAAGAGCGCAGAUUACAGUCAGGGAAACCCAGACGACCGGACCGUCCACAAGGCCAACUCAGCCCGGGAAACCGGCCCAAAACAACUCACCGAGGACGAAGUUGCCCGGCUUGGCGAAGCAGACAGCGCAAGCCAAAAUGCGAGGAUUCAAGCGUUCCUCAGUCCAACGUUUGGUUCCUUUCACAGCGAUACCAGUGUCAGGAAUCCCCAGAGGUCAUCCUCUGCAGCCCAGAUGCGAGAUAUCAAGGAUCAGAUGAGGGACUUAAAGGGCAAGAUCUCCAGUCUCAGGGAGCAAGCUCGCGUUGACAGCAUGAAAAGGCGGAGUCUGCAAAGCCUCCGAACUCCCAGUCCCUUCACCCAUUCACAACUCGACCAGUGGUAUACGGAGCCUCCGUCGAACAGGGCUUCACAGAUUAGUGCGGGCAGCCUGCCCGGUCGCAAUCCUUGGAAUGGCGAAGUGUCGAGCGUGGAUGGCGAUGCGAAGGAGUUUGCACACCACAGGGACGAUCAUGCCGAAGGGGAAGACACCGAGUACGCUGACGCGGAGACUGGGGUGGACACUGAGCACGUCGCCGAGCCCAAGCCCUCUCCUUCGACUCCAGUUGCUGAGACCAACCACGUCAAUAACGACGUCUCUGACUUGGACACGGAGAACGACGAGAUGAAUGAAGAACAGGAGGGCCAUCAGAAUGUAGAUGACGCCGACCGCAUGAGCGAGAGCGGGGAAUCCCUCUACCACGACACGGUUCAAUACCAAAUCUCGCACGAAGACCGCGAGGAUGCAUUCGACUACGAGCACUUUUUCCUGCACAGCGCCAUGGGCACCAUGAGCUUGACACGGCGCUCGAGCACAGAAAGUUUUUCCUCGGAGGACUCGGUUGAGACAACCCGCGGGCCCAUCAGCAACGGAGCGAACAGCGGCGAGCACAGCACUGAGCAACCUUCGGUUCUCGGGAGGCGGAACAGCAGCAACUCGAUCUCCACCAUUGACACAUUCGCCACGGCCCAAGAAGGCCGGUCCCUCAAGUCCCCCGUGAGCCCCGAUGAAUACCACAGCAUCCACGACAGUUCCUCCCGCGCCACCUCCGCUCAAAGCCACCGCCACCGCUCCGGCAGUACGGCCACAGCCAAGCGCCUUUCGCUCAACCCACCGUCCGCCUAUCCUACACCAUCCAACACUGCCACCCGCGACAGCGACGGCUCCAUCUCCCCGAUCGCCGAGGAAUCUUCUGUCUCCGGGUCCCCAGCGAACCACACCGUCAGCAAGUCCUCUCAUUCGACAACCCGCCGCUCUUCGGUCAUCCACCGCCCCAUGUCCUCGGCCCUCCACCGGCCAUCCAUCGCCUCGUUUGACUCGGUCGGCACGAACCGCAGCUUUCCGCUCGUCAACAAGCCGUACCCGAGAAAGGCACACAGCACUACCGGCGUUCUCACCCCGCGCGACUCGCCCGAUCACGCCCAGGAGCGGGAUACCCGUCGUGACAGCGAGCUGAAUACCAUCGCCAGCAUGCUCAUGAGUGAUAUGGCCGCGGCACACGAUGCGCGGAGUGGCAGUGAACCCGAAGGGGAUGCCGCUACCAACGGUGAUGGCGCGGGGAACAGAAUCGGCGGCCUCAACGGCGCCGCUCACCCACUCGAGGCGCUGCUGAGAGAGGACAGGUACCUCGUCGAGAGGGUGGUGGCAAGCUUGGGAAGGUGUGUGCUGGGGCUGACGGAGAAUGGGAGGGCGAGCGCCGAGAGCAGGAUGUAUCGGCGCCGGAUCGAUGCCGCGAGACGGGCGCUGGAGGGGAUUGAGGGGGAUUUGGAGGGGUGA